AUGGGAGACGAGAAGGAUGUGCCUGUACAGGGUUCCGUGAAAAAGACUGCAACGACCAAGCCCAAAGCACCCCAGAAGCUGACCAAGAAAUCCUCAUCGAAUCCCAAUCCUUCCAAGACCGCCCUCGUUGUUCGUCGCCUUAUCUCGAAAUACGGAGAAGUGGAAGAUACCAAAAUUGACAUUCGGUCUCCUUAUCUACGAGGCAUAUUCAGAUAUCUUUUCAACGAUGUUGUGGGACUCGAGCUGAAUAAGACCCCGCCUGUGGCAGACCCAAAGCUGCUAUAUUGGGCGCGUAAAGGACUCAUUCGAAAGAAGGAAGAGGAACUGAACAAGCUUCAGCCGGACGAAGAAAACGUCGUUGAUCUGGAGACCACUCUACAGUGUGUCGAGGAAGACUGGGAAAAUGAGAUCAACAGCAUGAACUCGCUUCUCGCCCACAAUGAGAUUAUGAUCGCACCUCGCUACGGAGUCAUAGGUCAGGACCAGGCAUUUUUCCAUAUGAGGUCGUAUUAUCGUCAGCGAGAAGACAAGACCAAAUAUGUCGAUGUUGAAAUUGACCACUUUGAAGGAUCACGACCUAUUUCGACAUUAAGCUGCUAUCCAAUCUCUCAGCGUGUUGAUGAAGCUGGAAUUCGAGAAAGGCUCAUUCAACGAGGAAGAAAAUAUAUGGCCUUACGAGAGAAGCCCGCUUGCAGAGACUAUCAUGUAAUGUAUGGUGGGAGGGAAGUCAAACUCCCCGAUGGGGAAUCGAUAGAGGAGAUGUUCAAUCCAUUUGGACGCGUGAUCGCUGACCCAGCAGGAUAUUACUUUCAUAACAGUGCAUCAAUUCUGAACCAACCUCGUAUCAUUGCAACUCGCAGCUCAGAGCAAAAGGAACUUUCUUCAGAUGAGCUUUUGAUCUGUCCGUCUUGGAUCAAUGGAUUCAGUCUUGCCAGUAAAACAUGGUGUCGUCUUGCUGUAGAGCCCCUUGCAGACAUUCAGUGGAACGAAUCGGCCUUUGACAAGGUUGUUUUGGAAGAAAAAUGUCGCACUCUUAUUCACAGGCUCGUCAAAGCCCAUCGCAGGGACGAAGGUGCAUUCGAUGACCUCGUGCAGGAUAAAGGAAAGGGUCUUAUUGCUCUUUUGACAGGAACUCCCGGAGUUGGAAAAACCCUCACAGCAGAGGCUGUUGCUGAAGUCACACAGCGCCCACUCUAUGUUACUUUACUACUUGGGUCACUGGAGGUUAAUAGUUUGAACUUCAAUGCUGAAGCCUGGGGCUUGAUCUAG